AUGGUUGACGCCGCCUGUCGCAUUCCCGGAAAAGAGGAGAUCUACAUCUUCUCCGGCCGGCAUUAUGGUCGCAUCAGGUUUGGCCACGGAGGCCCCGAGCAUAACCUUGCUGCCGGCCCGACCCUCCUAAGCAAGGGCUGGAACACUCUGCCCAAGAUGGGCUUUGGUACAGUGGACACUAUCGUGCCUGUACCCGGCUACGAAAACCAACUCUACGUUUUCUUCGGAGGCCGAUAUGCCAAAAUCAAGCUUGAAAACUACGACGAUAGCUUUAUCAAGGAAGGGGCGGUGUCCAUUGCCUCUGGAUGGAAAUCGCUUGGUCAAGCGGGCUUUGACACCGUGGAUGCAGCAAUGCUCACCCCGGGAACAAAGAAUGAGAUGUACUUUUUCAACGGCUUGAACUAUGUUCGUCUAGACAAUAGUACCGACAAAUUGGUCAAUAAGGUUGCGCCCAUUGCGCAGGGUUGGCCAAGUCUUGUUCAGGCUGGCUUUGAUUGUGUUGAUGCUAUUGUUCCGAGCCCGAGUGGUCAGGAUCUAUACUAUGUCUUCCGCGGCGAUCAAUUCGCGGUGAUCAAAGUGGAUAGCAACCAGAGGGAUACCCUCAUUUUACCCCCGAAGGCAAUCAGCUCGGCGUGGCAGGCUUUGGAAAGAUGGUGUUAG